AAGCGUUUCUCUGGCACCAUCCGCCUGCCCAGCAUCCCCCGCCCCAACAUGAGCAUCUGCAUUCUCGGUGACCAGCACGAUAUCGAUCGUGCCAAGCACGGCGGUGUUGACGCCAUGUCCGUCGACGAUCUCAAGAAGCUCAACAAGAACAAGAAGCUCAUCAAGAAGCUUGCUCGCAAGUACGAUGCCUUCGUCGCCUCCGAGGCCCUCAUCAAGCAGAUCCCCCGUCUGCUCGGUCCCGGUCUUUCCAAGGCUGGCAAGUUCCCCACCCCCGUCUCUCACUCCGACGACCUUACCGGCAAGCUCAACGAGGUCAAGUCCACCAUCAAGUUCCAGCUCAAGAAGGUUCUCUGCAUGGGUGUCGCCGUCGGCAACGUUGGCAUGACCCAGGAGCAGCUCGUUGGUAACAUCAUGUUGGCCAUCAACUACCUCGUCUCCCUCCUCAAGAAGGGCUGGCAGAACGUUGGUAGCCUUACCAUCAAGGCUACCAUGUCUCCCCCCAAGCGCCUCUACUAAAUGUGGUCAUCGUCUGCUAAGGCAGCGAUUGCUUCUUGCCUCUCGUUUGUUGGGGUACAGUUACUAGUCAGCCUUUGAUUAGGUCAUACUGGUUUCUGUAAUUGGGCAGCUGCGAGAGAUAAUGGGUGUCGCUGUUGGACGGUCUACAUGAGGAGCUCCGUAGUUCUGAAGGGUUAAAAUCUAAAGGAAUUGCGGUCCA